CCUAUUUGUAAAAAGCCAAAAAAAAAAUUUAUGUCUUCAAGGGCUUGAGAACGGGGAGUUUUGGUCCUUCUCUUUACCGUUGAACAUUAUUGAAUUAUGACCCCCACAAGAGAGCCUUCAAUUAGGCAGCCUUGUUACAUUACCAAUGAUUGCAAACACUCUUACUGCGUACCUUACACUCAGCUUGACAGAGCUCCAGAGGUCCAAACCGCUUCCUCCUUGAUACGUCAGUUGGGGAUUCUCGAUCGAUUUCUCGUUCUUUGGAUUCUGAUAGCCAUGGUGGUUGGUGUGGUGAUUGGUUAUUUUGUUCCUGGUGUGCAGCAAUCUUUUGAAACCGUUCAGUUUGGCUCGGUAUCUGUGCCAAUCGCCGUUGGUCUGCUGGUGAUGAUGUAUCCUGUGUUGUGUAAAGUUCAGUAUGAACGAUUACCCAAGAUCCUUUCCGAUAAAGCCGUGUGGUAUCAGAUCUUGAUCUCUAUCGGUUUGAAUUGGAUCGUCGGUCCCAUUAUCAUGACUGCCCUCGCCUGGGGCACUUUGCCAGAUUUACCCGGAUUUCGUAACGGGGUGGUGAUGGUUGGAUUAGCAAGAUGCAUUGCUAUGGUCAUGAUCUGGAAUGACUUGGCCGGUGGCGAUGCCGAUUAUUGUGCGAUUUUGGUGGCCAUCAAUGCCAUUUUGCAGAUCGCCUUGUUUUCGCCUUAUGCCAUCUUGUUUAUCACCAUUGUUCCAAGCUGGUUUGGUUAUUCGGAUGAUUCCAUGCAUGUGGAGAUUUGGCCGGUGGCCCAAUCAGUUCUGAUCUACCUUGGCAUUCCUUUGUUGGCAGGUGUGAUUACGCGAUUUUCGCUUUGUGCAUGGAAAGGCAAGCAUUGGUAUGAACAUGUGUUUCUGGCCCGUGUCGGAUCACUGGCUUUGCUCGGAUUGCUUUAUACAAUUCUUGUCAUGUUUGCCAACCAAGGCCACAAUAUUAUCGAACACAUUGGCUCCGUUGCCCGCGUGGCGGUGCCCCUGGUAGUGUAUUUCAACCUGAUGUUUUUCAUUACCUUUUUCGCUCUCAAAGCGUUUGGCGUGAAAUAUGCCUUUGUUGUCACCCAGGCCUUCACAGCUGCAAGCAACAAUUUUGAGUUGGCCAUUGCCGUGGCCAUUGGCACCUACGGUAUUGCCUCCGAAGAAGCCUUGGCUGCUACCAUUGGUCCCUUGACUGAAGUACCAGUUUUACUGCUUUUGGUGUACGUCGCUAUCUAUUCGAGAUCCAAGUUGUCUUGGAAGGAAGAUACCAAGUCCGAAACCUCCACUUCCGUUUGCUAAAUAUAUGAUUCAUCCAUCUCCGCUUACUAUCAUCCUUCCACACACAAACCACACAUACAACCCCCCCCCCAAUUAUCAUCUAAUUUUCGUAACAAAGAGGCUCCUGUCUCACAGCAUUCAAAUUUUUUAUCUCUGAAAUUUACUGCAUUGUCCUCCCUUUUCCUUUUAGACAUGUAGCUCUUGCCUACACGGUUUGUCGCUAGAGAACCUCAUUGCAAAGCUUAAAGACUGAGUCAGGCUUUCACUGCUUUGAUACGAUGGAGAAAGUAGACAUUAUAUUUCAGUUUGACAAUGCAGAUAGAAUACCA